AUGAGGACCAACUCGUCAUCCUCGCUCCGCACUGCCUUUCAGGCGACCCGCAGCUUCACUUCGAGCGCCGUUCCACGCUCAGCAGCAGCGGCGCCGACACAGCUCGCACACUUCACCUCCAACCUCCGACCGAGAGGCCAAAAGGGGCGGCUAUGCGACAACUUCUUCAUCUCCCACCGGCCCCUCGUCCGACCACGAUGCAACGCCUACUCCACCGCCGCACCGGCCCCUAGCGCAGUGGGAGGGCAAGAAGGGGACACGCAGAUGCGCAUGCUCCUCGUGGGCUGUCCAGGGUCCGGCAAGGGGACGCAGUCGACGCGCCUGCUCAACGAGUACGACAUCACCGUCAUCGCGGCCGGCGACGUGCUGCGCUCCCACAUCCGCCGCGGCACCGAGAUUGGCAAGCGCGCCGACGAAGUCAUCAAGGCCGGCGGGCUGAUGCCGGACGAGGUCAUGAUGGAGCUCAUCGGCACCGAGGUCGAGGCGCUCGGAGACCGCGACUGGCUCCUUGACGGCUUCCCGAGGACGUCGGGCCAGGCAAAGAUGCUCGACGCCCUGCUCGAGACAAAGGGAAAGCAGCUCAAGGCCGUCGUCAACCUCGACGUCCCCGAGGAGGUCAUCCUCGACCGCAUUCUGCAACGAUGGACGCACGUCCCCUCGGGUCGCGUCUACAACCUCUCCUUCAACCCGCCCAAGGUGGCUGGCAAGGACGACGUGACGGGCGAGGCGCUGGUGCAGCGCGAGGACGACAAUGCCGAGACGUUUGGCAAGCGGCUGGCGUCGUUCCACAAGCAGACGGAGCCCAUGCUGCACCACUACCGCACAAAGGCCGAGGCCUCGACCGGCGUGCUCGACAUUGAUGCCAAAAACACCAAGGCCUCGGCCUCGACGCUGGGCAGGGGCGACGAGCUCUACGUCAACCUCCGCGGCGACGAGUCCAAGCAGAUCUGGCCCCAUCUCUUCCAGAUCGUCAGCCACCGCUUCCCCAACCUGCCCAAGGCCAAGGUCAAGGCCGCGUAG